AUGCAGUUCACCACCGGUACCGUUUUCUCCACCCUCGUCGCCCUCGCCGCGGCUUACACCGCGCCCGACUACACCAAGGGCCCCGAGGGUAAUGCUAUCCGCUACCCCGGCCUGAACGAGCAGGUCCCUGAGGGCGCUCCCUACGAGAUCAAGUGGGACAACACCCUUGGCGAGACUGUCUCUCUGGUCCUCCUCCGUGGUCCCUCCACCAACGUUGUUCCCCUCGAGACUAUCGUUGAGGACAUCCCCAACUCCGGCCACUACACCUGGACUCCCGGUUACAACCUGGAGGUUGACACCACCCACUACGGUCUGCUGAUCGUCGUUGAGGGCACCGGUGCCUACCAGUGGUCUUCCCAGUUCGGUAUCUCCAAGGGCAAGGGCUCUACCACCACCGCCGCCUCUUCCACUACCACUACCGCCGCUGGCUCUGGCUCCAACGGUGGCACCGUCACCGUCAUCGAGGAUGUGACCACCACCUACUGCCCCGAGAGCGAGACCGCUGCUCCUUCCUCCACUCCCCUCACCAUCACCACCGUCAUCGAGGGUGUCACCACCACCAUCUGCCCUGAGGAGGAGGCCUCCACCACCCCCGUCGGUGUCUCUCCCUCUUCUUACUCCACCCAGGUCGAGAGCGUCGUCGUCACCACCACUGAGUGCCCCGAGGAGAGCCAGACUCAGGUCCCUGUUGCUCCCACCACCCCCGCUCCCGUUACUCCCAGCGGUAGCCGUGUGCCCCACGUCCCCUCCGCUUCCAGCACCCUGAAGAGCACCCCUCUGGCUGUUGCCCCUACCGGCACUGCUGCCCCCACUGCCUCCGCCACCCCCGUCUUCAACGGUGCUGGUCGCACUUCCAUCAGCCUGGGUGCCGUCAUGGCUGGUCUGUUCGCCGUUCUGGCCUUCUAA